AUGCUUCUUCUUCGUUCCGGUGCUGCCCGGAACAGUUUAUUUCCAACCGGAGUUACCCGUCUUUCGACACUUCAUGCUUCUUGGAGACGUCAUUGCUCUCACUCUGUGUGCCUUGACUCGCAAGAAAACACGCCUCGUUCUGCUAUUGAAACGGCUCUUGACUCGGUGGUGAAGAUCUUCACCGUCUCUAGCACGCCAAACGUUUCUCAACCUUGGCAGAGGGAUGAAGAAGAAGAAUCCACUGGCUCUGGGUUUGCAAUCUCCAAGAAGAAUAUUCUUACCAACGCUCAUGUUGUGGAAAAAUACUCGUACGUGGAAGUGAGAAAGCAUGGUUCAUCGAUCAGGUACAAGGCAAAAGUUGAAGCGAUUGGGCAUGAGUGUGAUCUGGCCACAUUAGUUGUUGAGAACAAAGAGUUUUGGGAGGAUAUGGAUCCGUUGGAGCUCGGAGACGACGUACCCUUCGUCAACGAAGAAGUCUCCGUUCUUGGUUAUCCUAGGGGUGGUGACACCAUCUCCGUUACAAAGGGUAUUGUAUCGAGGGUUGAGUCUAGAAAUUAUACACACAGCUCCACCAAGCUAUUGACUAUACAAAUAGAUGCAGCUAUUAACAAGGGAAAUAGUGGUGGUCCGGUACUUAUAGGAAACAAAGUUUCUGGUGUAGCAUUUCAAGAUGCUCAUAAGACUCUGAAAAAAGACGAUGUCAUUCUUGCUUUUGAUGGUGUUCCUAUAGGAAACGAUGCCAUGGUUCCAUUUCGGAAAAAGGAACGGAUAUCUUAUAAGCAUUUGGUUUCUAUGAAGAAACCAGGCGAAACAGCUUUAGUUCAAGUCUUGAGAGAUGGGAAAAAGCAUGAGUUCAGUAUCAGUUUAAACCCCGUGCAACCGCUGGUUCCGAUGCGCCAACUUGAUGAUCCAAGUUAUUACAUACUUGCGGGUUUUGUCUUUGUGCCUCUCUCUCAGACAUACAUUGACACUACUUAUGACAUAUGUGAAUGUGAAAUUGAGAAAAGGAAUUUUCCUAAAGAAACUGGUGAACAAAUUGUCAUAAUUUCUCAGGUGUUACUGAAUGACAUCAACAGAACAUACUCUCAUUUCAAAAACAUGCAGGUGAAGAAAGUGAAUGGGGUUGACGUGGUGAAUUUGAAACACCUACGUGACCUCGUGGAGAAAUGUUCCACCCAAAUUUUGAGGUUGGACUUAGAAGAUGAACGAGUUAUUGCCUUGGACUUUAAAGCUGCCAAAAAAGCCACUUCGUCGAUCUUGGUACGUCGUGGAAUACGGUCUGCAAUGUCAAAGGACCUUCAGAGUUCAGAUCCAUUAGUUACUUAA